AUGUCUUCCUCUCUCGAACAGCUCAAGGCCACCGGCACCGUCGUGGUCUGCGACUCUGGUGACUUCGCCACUAUCGGCAAGUACAAGCCCCAGGAUGCUACCACCAACCCCUCCCUGAUCUUGGCUGCUUCCAAGAAGCCUGAGUAUGCCGCUCUCAUCGAUGCCGCCGUUGCCUACGGCAAGCAGAAGGGUGGCUCCAUCGACGACCAGGUUGACGCCACCCUGGACCGUCUCCUCGUCGAGUUCGGCAAGAAGAUCCUCGAGAUCAUCCCCGGCAAGGUCUCCACUGAGGUCGACGCCAAGCUGUCCUUCAGCACCGAGCUCUCCGUUAACAAGGCCCUCGAGAUCAUCAAGCUCUACGAGGAGGUCGGCAUCAAGAAGGACCGCAUCCUCAUCAAGAUCGCCUCCACUUACGAGGGUAUUAAGGCCGCCCACAUCCUCCAGUCCAAGCACGGCAUCAACUGCAACCUGACCCUGAUGUUCUCCCUGGUCCAGGCCAUCGCUGCCGCUGAGGCUGGUGCCUUCCUGAUCUCUCCCUUCGUCGGCCGUAUCCUCGACUGGUACAAGGCCGCCCACAAGCGCGACUACACCGCCGAGGAGGACCCCGGUGUCAAGUCCGUCCAGGAAAUCUUCAACUACUACAAGAAGCACAACUACAAGACCAUUGUCAUGGGUGCUUCCUUCCGUAACACUGGCGAGAUCACCGAGCUUGCCGGCUGCGACUACCUGACCAUCUCCCCCAACCUUCUGGAGGACCUCUUCAACUCCACCGAGGCCGUCCCCCAGAAGCUCGACGCUAAGGACGCCCACUCUCUCAACAUUCCCAAGCGCGAGUACCUCCACAAGGAGGCUGACUUCCGCUUCGACUUCAACGAGGAGACUAUGGCCGUUGAGAAGCUCCGUGAGGGUAUCUCCAAGUUCGCUGCUGAUGCCGUCACCCUUAAGGAUCUCCUCAAGGCUAAGAUCCAGGCUUAA